GUAGAACAAAAAUGAAGAUUGUAAGGAUAGUGAAAUCACCUUACCUUGUCAUAUGUUGCCUUCUCUUGAUCAUUCUUUGGUUAUUGUCUCAUCAUGAUCAUAAUCAUCACUCUUGUGCUCCAUACAUGAAUACUAUCAGAGGAACACAAUUCUCGCAUCUUCAACCUGAAUCUUCAGGCUUAUCGAGUCUACUUAAAGAAGCAGCUACAGAAGACAAGAUAGUGAUUAUUACCAUGGUCGAUCGAGAAUGGGCAAAACCUGACUCUAUUCUUGAUCUAUUCCUGGAGAGUGUACGGAUUGGAGAAAGAACCAAACACUUGCUAAACCAUUUGAUCGUUGUGGCUUUAGAUGAUCAAGCUCUUCGAUAUUGUCUUCGUGCCCACCCACAUUGUUACCUUCAUAGAUAUUCUAGAAAAAAAUCAGAAUCUUUAAAACCAGAUGGUCUUGUUACCGGUUGGAACAAGAAGUCUUUGGUUAAAGAGAUCUUAGAACUCGGCUACCACAUAAUGUUCACCGAAGCAGAUGUGAUGUGGCUAAGAAAUCCUCUAAUGCACUGCAACCCACAAAAUGCAAUAUCAGUGGCUUGCGGGAACUCAUUAAUUGAUCAUCAACAUGAUCAUUUAACAACGGAAAACACAGGAGGUUUCUUCUAUGCCAAGUCCAAUGAUAUAACCAUAGACAUGUUUAAUAUCUUGAACGUAGAAAGGGUUUUGUAUCCUGCAACUGGAAACCAAUCCUUGUGUGAUAUUGUCAAGCGCGAAGAUGUAAUCAAAGCCCUUGAUAAGAAAGUCACCUUCUUGGAUGAUGCUAACUUUGGGAAGUUUUGUCAACCAAAUCCGCAAGAUCAAAGCAAGAUAACAACAGUCCAUGCAAGUUGUUGUCAUGAUACAAAGAGUAAGGUGCGUUACCUAAAGCUACUUCUCCAGGACCGGAAAAAUAUGAAUCCGCAAUGGAUUAUUCCAAGCCAGUUAUGCAGAUGAUUUUAUUCGUUACAAUUUUUUUUAACAUAUGUAUAACAUUUUGUACAACAUG